UGGGGGACCCUGUGUCCCACCACUGUCUCGUGCACUCUGUCACCUCCGGUGGGGCUGGGAUGCUCUAUUCCCGAUGGGAAUGGAGAGACACUGUGCCUGCACGGUGCCAUCUCUCCUGUGUCAUCUGUGCCAGGAUGGGAUCAGGAUGCUCCGUGUUCCCCACUGGAACGGGGGGACACAGCACCGUGCCUCUCGUGCUUUGUCACCUGCCGGGACGCUCCUCAUUCCCAGCGGGAACCGGAGCCGUGCCGCCUGCACUCCAUCACCGCCGGGCCGGGACGCUCCGCAUUCCCGCCGGGGCUGUGUCCGGGCUGGUGUCCGCGGUCUGUUUGCAAUCAGCCCCGGAGCCGCGUGCGGCCGGGCCCGGCGCCAGCCCCAGCCUGGAAAAGGGGGAGCGGGAGCAGCGGGAGCCAGAGCCGGGGAGCGCAGCCCGGCGAGCGGCCGCGGCAGCGGGACUGGGGCGGGACAGCAGCCCCGGGGGACACGGGGACAUGGCCCGGCUGCUGCCCCUGCUGCUCCUCGCGGCUCUGGGCUGCGCGGCCAGGCCGGGCCGGCGGCCGGCGGCGGGGGACGAUGGAGCACUCGCCCAGAGACCCCCGGCGAGGGGCUGCGCCAACCUGACGCUGGUGCUGGACAACUGGAAAUUCGCCAUCACCUCCCAGCUGAGGAACCUGCUGCUGUCCGACCACCAGACCGUGCUGCCCGACUACGGCCGGAUCCCAGCGCUGUCGGGUGCCCUGGACGAGCUGUACCGGGAUUUCCGCGGCCUGAAGGAGCAGCUGGGCCGCCUCUCGGAUCGCUUCGCCCACCUCGAAGCCUCCGUGGAGCAGCUGAGCCGGGCCCGGGGCGCUGCAGCCCCCCCGCGCCGGGGAGGGGUCCCCCAGAGCCCCCGCAGGGUCCCCGGGACCCCGCAGUGAGCGAUCCCCUGCCGGCCCCGGGGCUCAGCCCCGCUGGGGGGACAGGGCUUGGGGGGCUCAGACUGGGGGUAUCACUUUGGGGGGGGUUUCGGAAAAACGGGGGGCAGAGACAUCACUUGGGGAGGCUCAGGCUGGGGGACUUGGGGUCAUCGCUUGGGGGGGGGAUUCUCAAGCCGGGGCGCUCAGGGUCAUCGCUUGGCGAACUCAGCCGCUCUUGGGGGUCCAACUCUGUGGGUCAGGGUCAGCUCGGGGGGGGUCUCUGCCCCCCUCGGGGGUCGCACCCGGCCCUUCUCUCUAUCAAUAAAGCCGCUGCCGCCA